AUGGCACGUGAAUGGCUCAAUGGGGAGAGGUCGCAAGGUGGAGCUUGGGCCAAUGCCAAGGCGCCUCGGCAUUCCUCCAAGAACUGGGACAUCACCGUGUGGCUUUCGCAGCGCCGAGUGCCUAAGGAUCCACUCAACGCCGGAACACCACAUGGAGAGCUCAUUAUCAUCAUGGCUCCUCGUGCGGGGUUCGACACGGAGCAGGUCCACGACAGGGCGCGCAAGGACCUGCUACAUCUCCUCGAGGGAGUUCGCGGCAAGAAGAACCUCGUUAUUGAAAAGGAGCUAGCCGGCCCUCUCGGUGUCGUGGUUAAAGCCUCCACCCUGCGCGACUACGGCGUCGACAAUUUCUUCUUCCUCGAAAACAAAAACACAGACACGAGCCAGCGAAACAUCGUCUUCAUCGCCCGCGGCGAGUCCGCCGGCAACGCUCAUGCCAUCGCAGAUGAGAUAAUCCGGCUCCAGCGCGAGAGCCAGUCUCCCCACGAAUUCCACAUAUUUUGGGUCCCUCGGCGGACAUUGUUAUCAGAUAAAGUCCUGGAGGAAGCCGGCGUUCUGGGUGAUACCAAUGUCGCUGAGCUACCUCUGUUCUUCUUCCCACUAGAAGACGAUGUCUUGUCUCUGGAGCUAAACGAUUCCUUCCGGGAUCUAUACCUCGCGAAAGAUCCGACACCGGUCUUCUUGCUCGCUCGCGCCUUGAUGGGGAUACAGCAGAAGCAUGGUCUGUUCCCGCGCAUCAUUGGCAAAGGUGACAAUGCCAAACGUGUGGCCGACCUUUUGUCUCGCAUGCGACAGGAACUCCUCGCCGGCGAAGACGCAGGCGAAACGGACAAGGCAGGAUUGAGUCCCAGCACUACCAUCGAGAACGUCAUCAUCAUCGACCGCGAAGUCGACUUUGUGACGCCCCUCCUGACACAGCUGACCUACGAAGGUCUCCUGGAUGAGGUGUUCGGGAUUCAAAACAACCAGACCGAUGUCGAUUCGACGAUUGUUGGUGCCGCUGCACAGCCAGCCGGCCCGGGUACGUCGGCAGCGGCACCGCCGAGCAGUGGGCAGUCACGGAAACGUAAGAUCCAGCUCGACGGAUCGGAUUCGCUGUUCGCACAGCUCCGCGACGCGAAUUUUGCCAUCGUUGGCGGACUCUUGAACAAGAUUGCUCGGCGGCUGCAGAGUGACUACGAAAGUCGGCACAGCUCCAAAACGACAUCGGAGCUCAAGGAGUUUGUAAAGAAGUUGCCCGGAUAUCAAGCCGAGCAACAGAGCCUGAAAAUACACACGGGCAUGGCGGAGGAGAUCAUCAAGUACACACGUACUGAGAACUUUAACAAGCUGCUGGAAGUCCAACAAAACCUUGCGGCAGGGGCCGACCCCUCGUCGCAAUUCGAUGCGAUCGAGGAGCUCAUUGCCCGCGAUACUCCGUUACCCCAGAUCCUCAGGCUGUUGUGCAUCUACUCGUGCAUUUCGGGCGGCAUCAAAACUAAAGAAAUGGACCACUUCCGGCGGCUGAUCUUGCAGGGUUACGGAUACCAACACAUCCUUACCCUCCACAACCUAGAGAGGCUGCAGAUGUUUUUGUCAAGGUCGUCCCCCUUGGCGUCCAUGAUACCCAUGACCGGCGCUGCGGGCGGCCAGGGCAACAAGACAAACUACACGUAUCUCCGCAAGCAGCUCCGGCUUAUCGUGGACGAAGUCAACGAACAAGACCCCAACGACAUCGCUUACGUUUAUAGCGGCUACGCGCCACUCUCGGUCCGGCUUGUGCAAGCCGUGCUGCAGAAGCAGUACCUGCUCUCUAUUACACGAGGCGGCGGUGCGGGCGGUGCAGGUGGUGCAGCAGGUGGGGGCGCGCAGGGCUGGCGUGGGUUUGAUGACGCCGUCAAGCAUGCCCGGGGCCAGACGUUUGACGAAGUUCAGAAAGGCGAGGACAAGGCUGUCAAGGCGCGGGCUCUGCUGUCGGGCAGUGGCGACAAGAAAACCGUUUUCGUCGUGUUCGUGGGCGGCAUCAGUUUUACGGAAAUUGCGGCACUGCGGUUCCUAGCGAAGCAGGAAGAAGCCCGGCGAAACAUUGUCAUUUGCACGACUUCGAUCAUCAGCGGGAAUAGGAUGAUGGAUGCCGCGAUUGAGACGGGAACAUUCGAGAAGAGCACUCCGCCGCAGGAACCAGCCGCUCCAUAAGACCGGAAUAAACAAAAUGAUGAUGGUGUUAGGUAGUUAACGGUGUGCCAGUCCGGCUCGGGGGGGUUGGAUUGUCUCAGAGGAUGUGACCGAGGUCGUCGUUCAUCCGGCAUUCUAUACAAAAUACCGGGCUUUCGAGAACCGUGGUGAGGCAAAC